UACUAUUUUUUAUUUUUUAAACUUCUCCCUUCCCUCUCCCUUUUUUUCUCCCCUUCUCCCCCUUCCUCUACUCUCCCACCCGCUCUGUCCCUUUGCCUCGCCCUUCUCCAUUUUUCCGCCUCUCUCCCACUCCUAGCGCGGCGCGUUGAUGAGCUGCGGCCCCCGGCAGCCCCAGGACUCCCUCCGGCUCUGUGCUCUCUCCGCACCCGCGCAGGGCCGCCCCUCACCGCGCGAUGCGCCGCGGAGCCGCGCUCUGAAACGGCGCCUGUUUCUCCCGUUUUCCCUUUUCCUCCUUCUUCUCUCCUUUUUCUAAAGGAGAGCGGCACUCUCGGGUUUUUCUCUCCCCCCCCCUCCCCUUCCCCCUCCCCCCCACACACUUUUUUUUUUCCUUUUCACCUCGCGCAGCGCGGGCAACCCUUGUGCUGCUCACUCCCCUCUCCCCCACCCAAGUAAAGCGCUGUGAAACUGCGCCGCUUUCUACCAUUUUUUUCCCCUCUUUUUCCCCUCCAUUUUUUAGUAAAGGAGAGCGGCAUCCCCGAACUCUCCUCUUACUUCCCCGCUUUUUUUCCACUUCACCUCGCAGCGCGGUCACCCCUUGCGCUGCCCACCCCCAAGCAAAGUGCUGUAAAACUGCGCUGAUUUCUGUCACUUUUUUUUUUCUCCCCAUUUUUAUCUUUUCGUGUUUUUAAAGGCGAGCAGCACCCUCCCGCCGACCUCUUUCCCCCCCGCUUUUUUUUCUUUUCACCUCGCGCAGCGCGAGUAGUCCUCACGCUGCGCACCCCCCCCCGCUAUCAAAGCGCGGAGCCUGGCGCAUGCCCCAGCCCGGCCGGGCGUCCCCCCCUCUCGCCGCUGCCCCCCGCCUCGCCCCGGCUGCCGGCCCCUUCAUGCUCGGCGCACGCCAUGCCCGUGCCGUAGCCGGGGGCCCCUCCUCACGUCCCGCAUGUUCAGGACCAAACGCUCGCUCCUCGUCCGACGGCUCUGGCGGAGCCGCGCACCCGGCGGUGGAGAGGAGGAGACGGGCGACGGCGGACCGCCGGCCGAGCCUCGGCCGCACUCAUGCGGCGGGGGGGGCCGGGGGUGCUGCCCGGCCAAAUCCCCCCGCGGGGGCGGCCGGGGGGCGGCGGAGGGCGAGCUGAAGGCGCUUACCCACGCCGUGCUGAAGCGCUGCAAGGAGCGGCAGCUGGAAGGGCUGCUGCGCGCCGUCGAGUCCCGCGGGGCGGCCCGCACCCCGUGCGUGCUGCUGCCGGCGCGCGGAGAGGCGCGGUUGGGCGCGCAGCGGGACGCGCUGCCCGUGCUGCUGUGCCGGGUGUUCCGCUGGCCCGAGCUGCGGCACGGCGCGCCCCUCAAGAGGCUCCGCGGCUGCUGCCAGGCCGACGGCGCGGCGCCCACCGAGCUCGUCUGCUGCAACCCGCACCAUCUCAGCCGUCUCUGCGAGCUCGAGUCUCCUCCUCCGCCCUACUCCAGAUAUCCCAUGGAUUUCCUCAAGCCGACGACGGCUGGUUGUCCAGACUCUGUGCCUUCCUCCACUGAAACAGGGGGAACUAAUUCUCUAGCCCCUGGGGGGCUCUCAGAUUCCCAAGUUCUUCAGGAGUCAGGGGAUAACUCACACUGGUGCGUGGUGGCAUACUGGGAAGAGAAGACACGCGUGGGUCGGCUGUAUUCUGUCCAAGAGCCCUCCCUGGAUAUCUUCUAUGAUCUACCUCAGGGGAAUGGCUUCUGCCUUGGGCAGCUCAACUCGGACAACAGAAGCCAGCUGGUGCAGAAGGUGCGCAGCAAGAUCGGGUACGGCAUCCAGCUCACCAAGGAGGUGGACGGCGUGUGGGUCUACAACCGCAGCAGCUACCCCAUCUUCAUCAAGUCGGCCACACUGGACAACCCCGACUCCAGGACGUUGCUGGUGCACAAAGUGUUCCCGGGUUUUUCCAUCAAGGCUUUCGAUUACGAGAAGGCAUACAGCCUGCAGAGGCCGAACGACCACGAGUUCACGCAGCAGCCAUGGACUGGAUUUACCGUGCAGAUCAGCUUUGUGAAGGGCUGGGGCCAGUGCUACACCAGACAGUUCAUCAGCAGUUGCCCGUGCUGGUUAGAGGUUAUUUUUAAUAACCGAUGACACGAGACGGAGCAGACUCAUGACACUUAUACUACUUUGCUGCUAUUACUUCCUUCUGAGUGCUUGCUUUUCAUGCAACCUUUUUGUUUUUGUUUCGUUUUGUUUGUUGUUUUUUUUUUUUUUUCUUUUUCCCAUUCUGAGAAAUAGUUUAUGAGAAGAUUUUCGCCUGGGUAUUUUGAUAAAUAGAUCUAUUUUUUGAAAGUGUGAACGACCAAUAACUGAAGAGGAGGGAGCGCAGGGCAGGGAGAGAUCACAUACGAUUAUCAUUUCCCACUUCCCAAAGGAUUAUCCUAUGUGAUGGAUGGGUUUGGGAGCCACUUGCUCUUGUGUAGCGUGAUGGGAUCCCUGCAUUUUUCACGCCCACCAGUACCAAUGUUGGUGGCACCCAACCAAUACCCCUCCCUAGCAGUGCUAACCCAACGUAGCCCCACCUGUGGUGCACAAACUUUCCACCAGGUCUUACUCCACCUGUGUUGUUUUUGCUAUUGAAUUUUGUCGUUGGGUCGUCGUCGUCGUUGGGUUCACGUCUCGCCCCCGUGCCCAUCCUUUCCAUCCGCCCAUCUUUCCGCAGCGUUUUCAAUCAUCAUGGAUUGAUACAAGAGGAGAAAACGACGGUGAAGAAACUGUGCGUGGCACGUGCUUUGCAGUUGGAGCUGAGAUGUGACAUAAGCCUAGGAAAAAAAAAAAAAAAAAAAACACCAAAAAAAAAACCAAAAAAAA